CCAGGCGGGGAAUAGGAAAAGAAGCACCAUGCGAUAAGUCGUCUUGUGAUAUUCGGAAGCUUUAAAAUCAAAAAACAAAAGAUUGGGGUGCGAAAGCAUUGAACAGCUGCAGUUGAAUAGCUCUGAAUUUAUUUGGGAAAGGCCGCAUUUUGUCUAAGUAUGUUUUGAGGAAAGGCAGGACUGGAGUUUUGGCCCUCACGCGGGCAUCUUUCAAAGCUAACUAACAUUAGCGUGUUAGCUGUGAUGCUGGGUUGCCCACUGAGCAUCUGUAUGAGUAGCUGAAGUCCAAAUAGCCAGUUGAUGUUAAAUGUGUGCCUCUUAAGACAAAAUGUCUGGCUUUAACUUUGGAUCAGGGACCCUUGGUUCCGCCAACGCUGGUGGGGGAUUCUCAUUCGGUACCGCAACCAGUGCACCUCCAGCCAGUACUGGUGGCUUCUCUAUUGGGACAGCUCUGGGUACAGCAGCUGCGACCCCUGCUGCCACCACCAGCACCACCCCAUCUCUUGGCCUAGGAGGCAGUCUUUUUAGUCAAAAACCUACUGGAGGAUUCUCUUUCAACACACCUGCCUCAAGCGCUGCUGCACCCACUACAGGCCUUACAUUAGGUACCCCAGCCACUUCAGCUGCAUCCACUGGCUUCAGUUUGGCCUUCAACAAGCCCACCGCCUCAGCAAUACCCUUUUCCCUCACCACCACUGCAACCACCUCUUCAUCAGCCCCUGCAGGGGCAGGUUUAACGUUUGGCUCUGUGCUGACAUCCACAGCUCCACAGCAGCCUGCAGCCUCGGGCUUCACGCUCGGUCUUGGUAGCACAACAACCACCACACCAGCUUUAACAGGCUCGUCACUAGGUGGAGGUCUCUUCUCCAGCACUGUGUCUACAGGUUUGGGUCAGACCACUCUUGGAGGAGCAGGAGGCGGGUUAACGUUGGGUUCUCUGUUAGCUCCCUCCACAGCAGUAUCAGCGGCUCCUGCCCCCAGUGUUGGCCUGGGUGGAGUUGACUUUAGCACCUCCUCUGAGAAUAAGAGUGACACAUCAUCUGGAGCCAAUGCACAGGACAGUAAAGCUUUAAAAGACGAGAACCUUCCCCCUGUCAUUUGUCAGGAUGUGGAGAAUUUCCAGAAAUUUGUGAAAGACCAGAAACAGGUUCAGGAGGAUAUCAGCAGGAUGUCAUCUAAGGCCAUUUCUAAAGUCCAGGAUGACAUUAAGAACCUCAAACAGCUUAUCUCAGUCAGUGCCAGCGGUCUGCAGCGCCAAGGUCUUGCCAUCGACAAGCUAAAGAUGGAGACAGCGCAGGAGCUUAAAAAUGCGGACAUAGCACUGCGUACACAAAAGACUCCACCUGGACUUCAACAUGAGAACACUGCUCCAUCAGAUUAUUUCCGUAGCCUGAUAGAGCAGUUUGAGGUGCAGUUGCAGCAGUACCGGCAGCAGAUAGAAGAACUCGAGAACCACCUGACAACGCAGAGCAGUGGCGCUCACAUCACCCCUCAGGACCUGACCAUGGCCAUGCAGAAGUUGUACCAGACAUUUGUUGCGCAAGCUGCCCAGCUCCAGUCUGUCCAUGAAAAUGUCAAGAUCUUGAAGCACCAGUACCUUUCCUACCGUCGGGCUUUCCUGGAGGACUCCACGGAUGUCUUUGAGUCCAAACGGGCAUCAAACAGGAAGUGGCAGAGUACGGCACGAGUCACGACUGGGCCUGCCCCUUUCUCCAGUGUGCCCAACGCCGCAGCGGUUGCCAUGGCAGCCACGCUGACCCAGCAACAGCAGCCAACUCCAGGCACCCAGGCACCCUUGGGGGCAGGGUUCGGAAACCCCUUUGCCUCGGCAGUGGGCACUAGCUUGGGCUCUUCUACCCUUGGAGGUUUUGGUGGUGGGCCAGGAUUUGGUGGGGUGGGGACUGGGGGGUCUUCUUUUGCCUUCUCCUCCACCAGUAAGCCCACAGGAGGCAGUCUGAGUGCAGGUUUUGGUAGCAGCAGCAGCUCAGGCUUUAACUUCAGUAACCCUGGCCUGAACCCCUCGGCUGGCCUGACCUUUGGCGUGUCUAACCAACCUGCUGCAGGCUUUGGCGCAGGAGGGCCCCUUCUCCAGCUCAAGAAACCCCCUGCUGGUAAUAAAAGGGGCAAGAGAUAGAACCAAGGAAAGACAGAACCCUGUGACUCACCACCUGACCAGCUAGGGGUUUGUAGUGGGGUAAGGCCUGGUUUCCCAAAAGCAUAUAAGUGCUAUAAUACUUGUUAUGCAACUGCAGAAUAAAGAAAAUGUAAAGUUUAGGAAAUCUUAAGGGAUGAGUUUAAAGCCACCAUAAAACAGCAACACUAGAUCUCCCAUUUAAAAUCGUUUGGAGGUAUAUAAAAACUCGAGGCUUGAAACUGAGGAAAAAAUAAAUCCCAUUGACAAAUAAGCAUUAUCUUUCUAUUAUACAUUGGUCUGUAUGGUCCACUGUUCUACAUUGAUUUGAUUCAAUUUAAUUGGAUUCCGAAUGGCUAAUUACUUAUCAAUACUCAGUAACUCUGAAUCACUGUAGACAAUGCCGUGUAUGUGAAAUUUAAAAACAGUGUUUGCCAAUUGCAUUGACUCAAAAUGUUGGCUGUAUGCUUUAAUCUGUAGCCUUUGGGAUGCUUUUGGGAAUGCCAGCCAUGGACAGAACUGGGUCAAUUGCAUAUCGUUCAGCUAUCUGUGAAGAAUUUCUUUAGCCUGAAUAUAGUACAAGAUCAAUAUUAUUGUGCUUUGAGGUGGGCAGUGCAGUUGGUUCCAUUGUGUUACGCAAACUCUGUCAAUCACGUAACUGCACUUGAACACCUCUAAAAUGAUGACUUGACCCAAGUCUCGUCCAGAGAAGGGUUAGAAAAGGUAAAGGGAAAGAAGCUUAGGGGGUAACAGUUGGUUGGGAACAGUGUAGUCCUUGCCCAAAGGUGUCAGUGGGAGGUAUUAUCUGAUCCUAGAUAGUUUUAUAGGCACAGGAGAGUGUCCAGGGUGGGUUUUUGGGGAAGCACAGUUUUAUUUUUGUAUCAAGUGGAGAAACAGAGGGGUGAAAGGGGACUAGCACCUUGGAGUAGUCCAUUAUGCAGUCCACAUAACCUGUGUUGUUUUUUGCUGGAGUCCAUCCUUAUCAUUGUUUAUUAAUUACCUUUUAGCCACAUUUUGUUUGCCCCAAUGUGAGACGUUUUGGAGAGGAAACUCUGCUGUUUGUAUUACAUGGCUCCCAUUAAAUGUUAAAUUAGUUGAAUCUGAAAGGGAUUUCACAAGCAGAUUGUACUUUCUCUACUCAAUUUAUACAUGUGCUAGAAUAAAUUUGCACUUGCGCAGUGUAUAUGACCUGACAGUGAUUGUGUGAAUGUGCAUGUGUGCCUAUUGCACAAGUAUGAAUUUGUCUCUCUGGUCUAUCGUGGUUGCUGACUUCUUUUGAACGUCCAGUGUGGUUGAGGAGGAUGUUUUGCUUUUUUAAAUUGUCCAUGUCAGUUUGGUUACCAAAUACUGGUAGUUGUACUAUUAUUUUCUAAUCACAGUCUGUGUAAACCUGUAUUUUCAAGAAGCUGUUUAAUAAUAAAAUCUUAAAUAUGAUGUUUUGCCUGUUUUCGGCAUCACUUCAAUAAAUGUGUGUGUUGAC